AUGCAGCGUGUCAUCUACAACACCAACCUCGAAGUGCAGGGCAUCCAUACUGUGCGCUGGCUGUCAAGAGGCGAUGUGGUGCGUCGGCUGUGCAAGGUCCUGGGUGUGUGCAUCGUUCUGCUGUACGAGAACAACCACAAGGCGUACGAGCUCGUGACAAGUUUCAGGUUCCAGUUCUGCCUGAUUUUCCUCGCCGACAUCCUCGCAGACAUGAACGACCUCAACCACUGUUUCCAGAAGCGCGAGUUGGAUGUCACCGAGAUAUCCAAGACCAUCGACAACACGACGGCGGAUCUGACACACCGGUACUUGGAGAACGAACGGCAGUUCGGUGGCAAAGGCAAGUGCUGGCUGGUUAACUUCCUGCAGCUGCAUGGGCAUGGCGGAGGCAAGAAGGUGCGGGUUCGCGGUGUGGACGGGGAGGGUCGCCCGGUUAACCACAUGUACACCAUGCACGAGAGGCAGCUCCCGGGGCAUAAGUACGGCAGCACCUACGCCGACUGCGUGAAGUUGUGCCGCAGGUUCGCCCGCGAUUGCGUCAACAACCUCAACGAGCGGCUGGACGACCUACAGAGGCUGGGCCCUUCAAAGCUGUUCCGUGCGGGGAAGUGGCCGAAGAUCAAGGCGCAACGAGAGCGGAAGUGCCGUGAGUGGCUGCACAGAUGCAGAAAGCUGUUUCGGAACAAGCUGCCGGGAUUCGAUCUGAAGGCAGCAGAGCGGGAGCUUCCGACAUGGAGUGUCAUCAUGGAGACGCACCAUGAGGAUGAAAGUUUCGCGUAG